GAGAACCUCAGAGGUCUAUUAGAGGUCACUGUGAGUCCUUCUAAUAGCAACUGCUGCAGCAAAAGGCCUUUCAGAUAAUAUAUCUCUGGACACAGUCUCUGCCUUUCUUCAUAUAUACACUGUGGGACUGAUCAGUGCAGAACAGUCAUGCAGGCACAGGAAGUCCUGAGACAGCUGCGGAUUCCCGAGCUGGACGAUCUUCGGCAGUAUUUUCGAGGCUUUCCCACCAAUGCGCUCAUGGGCAUGGGUGCCUUUGCUGCCUUCACCACCUACUGGUUCGCCUCCCGGCCGAAAGCCCUCAAGGCACCCUGUGACCUCGGCCUGCAGUCAGUGGAAAUGCCAGGUGCAGAACGCGCAAGGAGGUCAGUACUGAACGACAGCGACGAGCCACUGACGCACUACUACAGCGACGCAUGCACGAUGUAUGAGGUGUUCCAGCGAGGGCUCAGAGUAUCAAAUAAUGGACCUUGUCUAGGAUCGAGGAAACCAAACCAGCCAUACGAAUGGCAGUCUUAUAAAGAGGUGGCAGACAGAGCGGAGAACAUCGGUUCUGCACUCCUCCACAGAGGACACUCUCAUACAGGAGACAAGUACAUUGGUAUCUUUUCCCAGAACAGGCCGGAGUGGACCAUAUCGGAGCUGGCCUGUUACACAUACUCCAUGGUGGCAGUUCCACUCUAUGACACACUUGGCACAGAGGCCAUCGGCUACAUUAUUGACAAAGCUGCCAUCUCAACAGUGAUCUGCGACGUAGCCGAAAAGGCUCGGAUGAUUCUGGACUGUGUCAGCGGAAAAGGGCGAACGGUGAAGACGAUUGUGCUCAUGGAGGCGUUUGACACUGACCUGGUGGCCCGUGGACAGGAGUGUGGCAUAGAUAUUCUGAGUCUGAAGGAGUUUGAGACCUUGGGGAAAGCCAACCACCAGAAACCAGUGCUCCCUAAUCCAGAGGACCUCGCGAUUAUCUGCUUUACAUCUGGAACCACAGGAAACCCAAAAGGUGCAAUGCUUACUCAUGGAAAUGUAAUCUCCAACACUGCAGCUUUCAUUAAAAUUACACAGGGCACACUGAAGCCCAACAAUAAAGAUGUGCUCAUCUCCUUCCUCCCUUUGGCCCACAUGUUUGAGAGGGUGGUGGAGGGCGUCGUCCUCAUCCAUGGGGCUCGAAUCGGCUAUUUCCAAGGGGACAUUCGACUUUUGAUGGAUGAUUUAAAGACGCUGCAGCCGACGGUCUUCCCUGUGGUCCCUCGUCUCCUCAACCGCAUGUUUGAUAAGGUAUUUAGUCAAGCAAACACACCGCUGAAGAGAUGGGUGCUCGAUUUUGCUUUCAGGAGGAAGGAGGCAGAGCUUAAAAGUGGUGUGGUCAGAAAGGACAGCAUGUGGGACAAAAUCAUCUUCAAAAAAGUACAGGCGAGCCUGGGUGGUCGUGUGAGACUCAUGAUCACAGGAGCAGCUCCAGUGUCUCCAACCAUCCUGACAUUCCUACGCGCUGCACUGGGCUGUCAGUUUUAUGAAGGCUAUGGCCAGACUGAAUGUACAGCUGGGUGCACCAUGUCAAUGCCCGGGGACUGGACAGCAGGUCACGUUGGGCCUCCUCUGCCCUGCAAUGCUGUCAAACUGGUGGAUGUGGCAGAAAUGAACUACCUGGCAGCCAACGGAGAGGGAGAGGUGUGUAUCAAAGGACCAAAUGUAUUCCAGGGAUACCUGAAAGAUCCCGAGAAAACAGAGGAGGCCAUUGACAAGGACGGAUGGCUGCACACAGGAGACAUUGGGAAAUGGCUUCCUAAUGGCACCCUGAAGAUUACUGACAGAAAGAAGCACAUUUUCAAACUGGCGCAAGGAGAAUACAUCGCCCCUGAGAAAGUAGAAACCGUCUAUAAUCUCAGUGAUCCAGUGGCCCAGAUAUUUGUUCAUGGUGACAGUUUACAGGCAUGCCUUGUGGGGAUAGUGGUACCUGAUCCAGACUUUUUACCUAUUUGGCUCAAGAAAAAAGGGAUUGAAGGGUCCUACUCUGAACUGUGCAAAAACAAGGAUGUGAAGACUGCCAUUCUGGAGGACAUCUUGAGGUUGGGCAAGGAAGCAGGACUCAAGUCUUUUGAGCAGGUGAGAGAUAUUGCAUUACAUCCUGAGAUGUUUUCUGUCCAGAACGGCCUGCUGACACCCACCCUAAAGGCCAAGAGGGCCGAGCUUCGGAGCCGCUUCAGAGAACAAAUAGAUGAACUCUAUGCCAAAAUUAAGAUGUAAACUGGGAUCGAAGAGUACUGUAGCACACAGCCAGAACCAAAUAGUGUAUUGAGGGGAAAGUCCAUUUAUUUUUCUACCAGUGACAGCCUUCACAAUUCUGUGGGGAUUGCUUUCAAACAAACUGAAUAGUAUGUAUUGUCCAGCUAAAUCAAAUCAUUUUACCACUGAAUUUGCCCAGCUACUACUGGCUAAUUAGUUCAGAAUAUCCCAGAACAUGCCGUCAUGUUACUGGUAUAAUUUAUCCAAGAUUAAGGGUUUAAAAAUACAAAAAGGGGAAAUGUGAAAUGCUCAACUGCCAUUAAGUCUGACUACUUCAUGGGCAGAAAGGUCCAGCCCUUGAAAACAUCUGUGAUAGUUAUUUUUUUGAAAUUAAUUAUUAAUUAUUAUUGGGAGCUGCAGAGAAAAUCCUAUAAACAUGCGUUCACACCGGUAACAAAUAUUGAGUAUUUAUAUAGCAGACUAUUUAAUGUUUUGGUCACCUAUUUAAGUUGAUAUUUAAUGUAAUCAUUAAACCUGUAAAUAGUGUAUCUGCUGGAAAGUCUAUUUGUAUGCAGAGUACCGUGUCUCAUACUCUGUGGAUCCCUGCAUUCCCAUGUUUCUCAAUGCUGUAGGCUAAAGGACAGAUAAAACCGGUUUUAGUGCACAGUUUAGUUGAUAGCCUAUUGGGAAUCUUGCUGCUUGACAAACUUUUUGUGCCUUCUUGGUUGUUUUUGUUUUCCUAAAACAUUGCAUGGAAAAUAUUUAAUGUUACUAUAAUGUAUACAUGCAUUUCCUCCUUUUUAGAUUAUCAAAUUUCUGUGCCACAGGCUGUUGGAUAAAAGCUGCAUACUGUCAUUUGUGUAAUGCACAAUUCUUCAGGGUUAAUAUUUGGAACACUGGUUUCUCAAGGAUCAUCUAAAGAAGCCGGUUUUUCAAAAUUAAUUAAAUGUCCGUGCCAGCAUUUCCCAUUAACAUUUCACUGAUGGUCCAUGAAAACCACCAGUCUUGUGUGAACCAGAGCAGCAAUUCAGCUGUUUGACACAAAGUUUGGUUGAAUUUAGAUGUUUUGACUGCAAUGUGAUCAAUACACACAUCGAAUCAUGUUGACAUUGACAUUUCAAGCCAUAUUUUUUUUUUUUAAAGACUUAUGAUAUGAAAAGGGCAAAGGUGCAGUUUUGUGCUAGAUUUAAGUACAGUAGCUUUAUUUGUCAAGUGUACCAAAUAAAUACUUUCUUCCAAAA